AUGUCGAAAUCUUCAACUCCUCCUGUUGGAGGCAGUUCGUCGUCUCUCAAUGGUGCUGCAAUCUCUUCAAAAGACAAACGGUACUACCAACAAAUUGAAAAGGUGCUAGCAUCAUUUGAUUCGAUCGAAGAAUGGGCUGACUAUAUAGCAUUCCUUUCCAAACUUCAAAAGACACUACAGUUAAACGAAUUGAAAUCAUCUACACUCCCGUUCAGUCCUCAGAUAUCCUACAAAUUGGCACUUUGCUUGUCUUCUAAAUUGCCUAACGGUGUCCAUCAGAAGACCUUGAGCAUGUAUGACUCUCUUUUCACAUCACUAUCUAAUUCUGCAUUAGAUUCUCAGAUCAACGUUUGGCUUCCGGGUUUACUCCCAUUGAUUUCAUAUUGUUCCAUUCAGAUAAAACCAUUGAUAGUUCAACUCUUCCAGAAUCAUAUAAUUGGAAGGUUGUCUCCCAAGACCUUGAAGAUGGUCACAAAGCCUUUGAUUUUGGCAUUCCUUCCUGGCUUAGACGAUGAAAACUCAGAAACUUUUUCUGAUUUCCUUUCUUUAAUGGACAAUCUAAAGAAAAAGUCUGGAGACGAUAGGCAUUUCUGGCAAUCAUUCUUCCUCUGUAUGAUCAAUAAUCCAGAGAGGAGGUUAGGAGGAUUGUUCUGGUGCAAUAAAAGAUUACCAGUAUUCACUGGUAUUAAGCGUGAUGAAUCAGAAACUAUUACAUUUUCUGAUGAGGCACAGGCGUGUAUUUCUCCUGAACCUGGGUUGCUCAUUAGAGCAUUUGCCAGUGCCAUAACCUCAGCAACAUCCAUGAUAGAAGCAAAUGAUGUAAUUGUGGUAAGAGGGUUCUUCGAUUUAUUAUUAACUCAUUUACCCUUGGAUAGCGCAGUGAUAAGAAAUGUAGCUAUCAAGAAGGACAAAGAAUUGCUUUUGGAUGCGUGCUGCUCAGUCACUUUAAAGAAGGAUAUGAGUUUGAACAGAAGACUUUGGAAUUGGUUAUUGGGUCCAGAGACAGACUCAAGUGCAGACAUUUCUAAUGCUACAACAAAUUCAAGUACCACUAAAAUUGGCACAAGCAAAUUAACCCGCUCAGAAUAUUUCACUGAGUACAGUUUGCCAUCGCUUUCCAACAUUUUACUUGAAAAAAUCAGCAAUAACCCCAAUCAUUCGGUUGAUCAAUAUUUGUCUUCAUUUAAAAUUUCGUUAUCUUUGAUUUUAGAUAAAUGGGAAAUAAGCAGAGUAAUUACUCCUGUCUUGUUUUUACCUAUUAUGAGAGCGACAUUCCACGAGUAUGAAUUAAAUCAAGAUCAACAACUUUUGAUUACUGCACAAUCAUUUUUCGACUCUGUUGAAGCCAUUUUUAUUUGGAACGACAUAACAAGACUCAUAAUUAAAGGAGAAGAGUUGGACUUAGUAGAGUUUGUUGUCAGCAACUUUGAUAUUAACGAAGAUGAAAUGAAGGAUAUUUACAUUCCAUUGGCUAUUGUCAGUCUAAUUGAGAAUUUGAAUAUAACAGGCGAUAGGUGGCUAAUUAUACUUGAAACCUUAUUACAAGGAAUUCUGUUGGCAGAUGCUAACAUUGAAGAAGCUGAGACUGAGAAAAUAAAUUCCUCAGAUAUCAUUUCAUUUUAUGAAAAACAAUUGAUAGAUUCUGCUACAUCUUCACCUUUCUCAUCGUCCCAGUUAUCAUCGUUAAUUUUAUCAGCACUCAGAAAUCUAGUUAUUGAAAAUUUUGAUAACCAUGUUCAUUCUCAUGCAUCCAAAAUUGUUGAACUAUACUGUAAAUUAACUAAUAAAGAGACUAAUGAUGUGCUAAUUGAUAAAAUGCUUAGUCAACCUAUAACAACAAAACUUAACUCAUUAGAAGAAUCUAAAGACAACCUUUUAACUGCAUAUAAUGUGGUCAAAUUGUUAAAACUUGUCAACACAUCAAUAACUACCUUGCAAAGAGAUAAGAUACUAAAAAUUAUAAUGUCUAACCUUUACUACUCAUUGAUAUCUCCUAUUCCAUCUAAUUGUCAAGUAGAAACGGUCAAAACUAUUUUCCUUUUAGAUAACUACUAUCUGAAAUUCAAAAUAGAAGCUAGCAUCUUGAAGCUCUUCAUUUCGACUGAUUCUUACAUAGAUAGGGUAAGAGCAUUUUCUACUCUAUGGAGUCAUUCUUCUAAUCAAUACAAUGAAGUAGAUUCCAUAUUAUUGAGGCCAUUGUUUUUGAUUUUAGACGGAUUGGCAGGAGGUGAAGUUGGCGGAAUUAGGGUUGCAAAUUUCGUAUCCAGUAAUGUAUUACAAGGAGGAUCAUCUAAUCGUCUCUUAAAAUUAAUUACAACUCCUUUAUUAGGAUUUGAUUUUAUUGCCAAGGGAGAUGGAGAAAACAGUGGAGGACUAUUGCAAGAGGGUGACGACUUGGGGCAAUUCUCGUACCAUAUCUCUACUAUCGUCAAUAUUAUUGAAACUGAUGAAAAGCACUUGAAAGAAAAUUUCAAUAACGAAUUGGUGGUCAUGGAUAGUGCAAAUAAAUUGAAUGUGAUAAGUAAUAACUCUUGGGAUAUAUCAACAUAUAAGACAUUGAUGGUUAAUAUAAUUGAGAAAUUUUUGGGACUAAAAAUAAGUAAUGAGUUACUACAAAAUAGUAACUUAAUGAUGAAAUAUUAUCAAAGUGUUACAGAGUGUUUAAAAUUGUAUUCCCUACUUGUCAGUGGGAUUGAGAGUGAUUUCAUAUCCAAAUUUCAUAGUUUGAUUGUUAAAUGCAGUUAUAUCAUAGACAUCAACAGUGGAAAUAUCUAUGUUGAACUUGCUAUUGAAAAAUACCUUGAGUGUAUUUUAUUUUUCUUAAAACUAUCUGAAACUCAACAUGUGAAUUUGGAUUUGCUUCAUAUUGAUGAUGAAGGUAAAACUCCACAAUUGAUUCGAUUCAUUACUGAAGGAAUCAAAAAGGCUCAAACAGUUGUCUUGCUUGAAAAGUGGACUACGUUCUUGACCAGAUCAUUAUACCUUUUCAAUGAAUCAGUCUUUCUGGUUUUAUUAACUUUAAAUGAUGUCUUGGUUUACAGGAUAGACCAAUUUUUUACACAAAUAAAAAAAUCUACAAGUCAAGUAGAUGCUAAUAGCGUCAGCUCUUUGAAUGAUGUCGAAGGCUCAAUUAAUGUUUUAUUUGCGGGCUUGGAAGAUUUGCUAUCAAUUAGUCAUAGUUAUUUAUUGUCCAGUAGUGUGAGAGCCCGUGAGUUGAACGGAGGCUCAGGAGAAAAUACAGGUGUGGGGGGCAAUGGUUCAGCACCUGGCUUUUUUGGUAAUGUUAUACAGGGUGUGUUUCUGAUUGAAAGUCCUGCUAUUCGAACAACUGAAGAAAAUAGAAAGUACUCUAUUUUGUUGGCAUUUCAAGAUGCUGUUGCCAUCGGCUAUAAAAUUUGGUUGUGGGCUGAAUCUUCAACGAACUUAAGUAGUACCAAUUCAGCCGUUUCUUCAACAAAUCCUUCUUCUAGUACUAGCAUAUACCUUUCUAGAAAGCUAAAAUUUAAGGCGAGAAAGUUACUUGAAUCAGUCAUAGAGUUGGAAAGGCAGGAAAUUAUUGAAUGCCUUAUUUCUCUCACUGGCUCUUCAAACUCAAAGGCAAUCAUCAAACUAUUGCAUGUCUUAGAUGGAGGUAGGUCACAAGUAACUUUACCUAAUGUCUACAACUCUAUUAUGUCAAGACUAUAUGCGGCAGGAGUAGAUGAAAAGCUUAGUUCGUCUCUCAACAGUAAUGUGUCCGCUAAAGAACUAGCAAGAUUUCUACUGCACUAUAUAGACAGCAUCGAUGAUGAUACUAUUUCAGAUAUUUGGGGCUUCACUUUGCAAUUUUUCAAGGAAGUAAAUUCUCACCCCACAAACUUUACAUCAAUUUUACCUGAUUUGUUGAAGACUGCAACCAGAUUAAUGUGCAAAUUAAGUAAUACAAAAUUCGGCGAACAGGGUCGAAGCAAGAAGGAUUUGAGUGAUAUCUUCAUGAAAUUGUUAAUGAUUUCUGUUAGAGGUGAAGUCAGUGAAAAAGAAAAGGAGAAGCAGAAGGAAACAGAAAAUAGUAAUGGGGGUGGAAUCAGCUCAAGCAAUGUCCCAGUUGAUCGUGAGGGUACGCCUAUUCCACAGGAAAGAGCAAUCGCUACUCAAUCUGAACUACUUGAUACCCUACAGUUGAUUCUCACGAAGUUGAAUGAUAUACUUUCAGAUUCAGACAAAGUUUCUUCAUGCAUUAAUACAAUUCUCGUCAACUUAGUAUCACCACAAAUCAAAAAUAAGAAAAUUCAUGAGAUUCCAAAUCAAACUAUUGGUUUGAUCGCGUUGAUUGGAAAUAAUUUCCCCAAUAAGGCUUGGAAAGCAGCUGUUCUGGAUUGUUUCAUGGAUAAUAGCUUCUUUUCCAUGACUCGAUCAUCUAUUCAACUAUGGGAACUGAUAAUACAGAUUUGGAUUGCAAAUGAUAGAGAUCGAAUCGUUGAGUUAAUUUCUAAAAUAGCUCCAAUUUCUACAUCUACAGCUGCAAAUAUUUUCAAUUGGAACGAGAGUUCCGAAAUUGAAAACAAAAUUUUCAAUUUGAAAAGGAUAAUUUACUUCAUUUUAAUUCAGCCUAAAGAUUAUUUCUUAAAUAAUCUAGAAGAAUUGAUAAACAGAGUAGAAUUGACGUCUCCAAUUAUGGGAGGAUAUGGUGGAGGCGAUGCUAUAUGUCCACCGCUGUAUAAAAGUGAAGUAUUGCUUUUGCUUAGGGUUAUUACUUUGAAAUUUAAUGACUUGCACUUAUUAUCUCAUUGGACUAUGAUUUCUUGUGAAAUUUUGUCAAAUUUUAAUGAACUAGUUGUACAGAAAAAUGCAAAAGAAUUGAUGCAUUUGACACCACAAGAAUUGAAAGUAGUGUUGUUCAACAGUAAAUUGUUAGAUCAAUUAUUAAUUUUGAAGUACGAUGAAUUCAAUUUGAAUGAAUGGUUGUAUGUGACAUCGAGCCCUGAAGUUGUUACUGAUUCUACGAUUGCACAUGAUUCAGUUUCUAAUGGACGAGAAAAAGGUAAUGAUUCGAUUUUAUCUGUUAUUGAUAGGAUUUCUAGAGAAAAGGACUUUUCUUCUUCUAAGGAAUCUGCUAUCAAAGUAUAUUCGAUUGUUGAUGAACAAGAUGGCGAAUACACCAAGCCAUUAUUAGAAGGAAUAAAGCGUAUUGAAUCUAUUUCUAGCUUGAGGUUGUUUUUCGAUUCUUUGAGUCUCUUGCAUUACGAAAGAACCUACGGAUUGAAAAAAGUUGACUACAAAAUUUGCGAAGAAGACAUAUUAAACGAUGUCGUCGGUAAGGAAUGA